GAGACUACUUAAAAUCAGAAUGAGUCACAUUUUGUCGCUCAGCUCAGCAAUAGUCGCCGCCGUUAUUCUCCAAGCAGUGUUUAUUGGGCUCAGCAGACCAGACUCUGCCCACGAAAGCACAACCACUGAGGCAGGCAUACAGGUCGAGUAUUGUAAUGAGACGUGCACCCAAAACACAUCUUGCAGCAACAACAGCUGCUUCUGUGUUAGGAAGAACAACAGCUUCUAUGGUUCCUGCUUUACUUUGUUUGGAGAUGAAAUAGACUAUAAUGAAACCUUACCUGAUAUAACUAAUGCAACACCGAGGUACCUUAGCAAAUGAAAAUAUUUAUUGCCAUUGAUGAUACCACGCUAAUUGCGGUUAUGUAAAGAUGAAUAAAAAUUGACUACUUUAACAA